AUGUAUGCAGAACAGGGGCGGAAGCGGCCGGUUGGCCGCACAGGUUUCCGGGUACCAGCAUCACCCUUUGUCCGCAGUGAUGAGGGAAAAACGCCGCUGGCAACGGCGUCUGCAAGCAAUCUGAAUGUCCGGAGAUCACCACUGAAACGAAAUGAAAGCAUGCUGCAGGCUGAGGGCGGGCAGGGCUCGCCAGUGGCAAAACGGAAUGCACGGGUGUCGUCGGUGACAACACCAAAGCAUGCAGGGUUUGCAAGGGAGUUUAUGACGCCGGUAUCAGGGAGCCGGUUACGGACACAGUUUUCCGUGGAAAGUUUUAUUGCACCGGGGGUCCAUGGGGCAUAUAGAGGGUAUGGGGCGUAUGGAGAGGCGAAUGGGGGGGAACAGGGGAGAAUGAGGGGAAUUCAGGGGAUUUUCCAGGUGCCACAAACAGAUCAGAUUGUGCACGGGGGGAUAAUGGGGCCAAUGGUGCCGAUGGGGCCGGUUGGGCCGGUGGAAGUGGCAAAAAAGGCGAUAGGACGGACCCUAUCGCCACGAAUAGGGGGAGAACAAGGAAUUGGGCGGCAGACGUUCUAUACGCCGCAGGACUAUAAGUUGGUGAAGCCGCUGCAGACGGUAUUUAUGUCUACGGGGCUUUUGUCAAAGCGGAAUCAGCCGCAUGGAGGAAAUACGGGAAUGCACCCGCCGGAUACGCCGUGCAAGCGCCCAGUGGUGUUUGAUAUGACACAGGUGCCGGGGACGCCGGUGGCAGGGACGACAGAUACAUCGUUUUCAUCACAGGAAGAAAGUUUGGAGGGGAUUGACAUGAGUUAUUUAUACAACAGCAGCAGUUCAGAGUUUGAUUGCCCAGUAACGCCGACAAAAGGAGUAUUUAUGGAGAAUGAGCGGGUUGGAAAGCGGUGGAAGGUGGAGACGGGGAUGUGCGUGGGGGGAACAGGUGGGGGAUUAAAUGGGCUGAGUGGAUUGAAUGGAGAAGGGGAAGGGGGAUGUUUUUCAGGGUGUUUAUCGGGUUCUCCGAGAGAUAUUGAGGUUUUUCAGGUGUCAAAGGAGGAGCUGAAAGAAAUAUCGAAGGGAAUGUUGAAGGGAGAAGAGAUGGAAGGGGAGAAAGGGGCAUCGGAGGAAGAGAAGGGGAUAUUAGAGGGAGAAAAUGGGCAGAAUGAAGAGAAUGGGGUAAUAGGGGAGGAGUGUAUGAGUGUGAAAGAGUUGAGUCCAUCAUCAAUAGGGCAAUUGACGUUACGGUUCCGGAAUAUAGAGCUUGUUGGGUCGGGGGAGUUUUCAGAAGUGUAUCGAGUAGAAGAACGGGAAAGCAACAUAAAAUCAGCAGUGAAGAAAACGAAAUUUGCAUACACGGGGUCGAAAGAACGGAACCGACGACUUGAAGAAGUGAAUAUAUUGCGGAAAUUGGGGCGUCAUGAGCAUAUUGUAGAGUUAUUGGAUUCUUGGGAGCAAUCGAAAUAUUUGUAUAUUCAAAUGGAAUUAUGUGAUAACGGGAGUUUAGACGUAUUUCUUCAGGAAUAUGGGAGAGUAGCAAAACUAGAUGAAUUUCGUGUGUGGAAAGUAAUGACAGAGUUAUCUUUGGGUCUUCUGCAUAUUCAUGAUAGUGGAUACAUUCAUUUAGACUUGAAACCUGCAAAUAUAUUUAUAUCAUUUAAAGGAACGCUGAAAAUCGGUGAUUUUGGAAUGGCAUCUGCAUGGCCUGUGCCUAUAGGGACAGAACGCGAAGGAGAUAGGGAAUAUAUUGCGCCAGAAGUAUUAUCGUCACAACACUAUGAUAAACCUGCGGAUAUAUUUUCACUGGGACUCGUAAUUCUUGAAGUGGCGGCGAAUAUUGUACUACCUCAGAACGGGCUUUCAUGGCAAAAGCUUCGUUCAGGUGAUCUUUCAGAUGCACCUCGGUUGUCCUCUUCUGAAACCGUUUCUUUUAUUCCGGAAAGUGUAUUAGUGCCUCACGAACAACCAGGAUGCCGAUAUAUAGGCCAUGGUGAAUUAGAUCACAUUGUUAAACAAAUGUUAGCACCUAAGCCUUUAGAUCGACCGACCGCUAAACAGAUUUUGGAGACCAAAGAAGUGGCUUGGGUGAAUAAAGUUAGAAAAGCAGGUGCUAUUAUAUACGAAGGAAAUUAUGGUCCUGAAACGUAUUCAAUCAACAAUCAUGACAUGAAUGAAGGCUGGCAUAUAAACCUAUAA